AUCAGCUCGGACCUGGGAUGUUCACCCCUCGGGCUAGCGAGCUCUAGCUUGACUCCGCGUGGUCCGUGCGAGGCGUCGCUCCGCGUUAGCGAUCGGUUACUACCGAGCCGUGUUAGCCAGCAGAUGCCAGGCUCUGUCUGGGCUUCACGCUCCCGCGGGGCGCCGGGUUUGAUUUGAGCUGAGGAAGUUUACAAACCCGGCGUUGAUAGGGAGCGAAAGCCGAUGGGGACUUUCCCUGGGCAGGGAGAUACCCCAGGUCUCCAGCUUCAGUAUUCUAUCUGAUCCGAAUUGAUAAUUCUAGGUUCCACUCCACUUUCUUCGGCGCAAGUCCCGUCCUGAGAGUCACAGGCUCUGCUGGGCUCUUUCCCCACUGUUCACGCUGACCGUGAUGUGCACUAUGCAAGGAUUUGCACUGUGCAAGGAUUGAGGCGCUGGGGACGGUUUGGUGAGCAUGGAGCGGGCUGCUCUGAUCUUUCCACUGCAUUUUAACGUCGAGGGGGGACUCCUGCGCGGCUGCAUGCUCGGGAAGUUCCCGCGGCCGCUCUGAAGGCGCAGACAUGCCGGGAAAGGUCAGGGACAGGAUGGCUCUGACCUGUGUGAAGGAAAGGAAGGAGGUCUCGCUUUGGGGGCAUGGAGAGAUGAAGUCGCACGUGUGCACCUGAGCGCUCGGGAGGCAGCCGCUUCUCAUGGAGUUCGGUCACUCUCAUCCCUCGUGGCAAGCUGAAGUUGCGUUGUUGGGGUCCCUUAACUAAGUGGAGGCGUGUGGGGCGGAGGAAGGAAAGGAUCCAAAACUUGACGAGAAGAGCAGAGCAGAGCAGGCUGUGUCGGGCGCCCCGGAGCACAGGUUGUUUGCCCGAGGACGGAAAGUCACUUUCUGAGCCAGCAGACCCAAGUGGGAGUCUUGAGAAAUGGCCCGGAGCGCCCGAGAAUGAGCUCCAGUUCCCAGAGCCGACGGAAGGGCGGGAAAGUGGGGGUAAAGAUUCACGAAGCGCUGCACGCCUCUGUCAUCCAAGUGCCCUGGAGAGGCCGCCCAGAUCCGCCGGCAGAGAUGCGGGGUGGCCAUGGAUCGCGCUGCUCACGGCCCCUGGCACCCCUGGCCCCGGGAGUAUAAUCCAGGACGCAGCUACGCUUGUCGGAGUUUGGGGGAGCUGCGGUCGGGAGCAAACGUUGUGCCGGGCUCCAGCAGCCCCCUCGGCCUGGUCCCCCGGGGCGAAGAAUGGCGUGGCGCGGCUGCUGCUGCUCCAGCCUGGGUCACCUGAACGAGGAUAACGCCCGCUUCUUGCUGCUGGCCGCGCUCAUCAUCCUGUACAUGCUGUGCGGGGCCGCCGUGUUCUCGGCCAUCGAGCUGCCCACCGAGAGGGAAGCCAAGGAGAGGUGGGAGGAGAGGUUCGUGAACUUCAGCCAGAGGCACAACCUAAGCCGGGCAGAGCUGCAAGACUUCCUCCGGGAGUACCAAGAGGCCAGCGUAGCCGGGAUCCGGGUCGAUGACAUCAGACCCCGGUGGGAUUUUACCGGGGCCUUUUAUUUUGUGGGGACUGUGGUUUCAACAAUAGGGUUCGGCAUGACCACCCCAGCCACCGUUGGAGGAAAAAUUUUUCUGAUAUUUUAUGGCCUUAUAGGAUGUGCAGGGACCAUUUUAUUCUUUAACCUGUUCUUGGAGCGCUUGAUCACGGUCAUAGCCUACAUCAUGAAAUCCUGCCAUGAGAGACAGCUGAGGAGAAAAGGGGUCCUCCCUCAUGACAGCUGGCGAGGCUCAGGGAACUCUGACGUGGACAGCUUGGCAGGGUGGAAGCCAUCCGUGUACUAUGUCAUGCUCAUUUUAUGUGUAGCAUCACUCAUCAUUUCCUGUUGUGCCUCUGCAAUGUACACACCGAUUGAAGGGUGGAGUUACUUUGACUCACUUUACUUUUGCUUCGUGGCCUUCAGCACUAUUGGUUUUGGUGACCUGGUCAGUAGCCAAAAUGCCCAGUAUGAAAGCCAAGGCCUUUACCGAUUUGGCAACUUUGUCUUCAUACUCAUGGGGGUUUGCUGUAUCUAUUCCUUAUUUAAUGUGAUUUCAAUUGUUAUCAAACAGUCCAUAAACUGGAUAUUAAAGAAGCUGGAUUGCAGGUGCUGCCCCAGAUGCCAAAGAAAAUUCUUUAGGUCACGGAGGAAUGUUGUGAUGCCAGGGAACGUGCGGAGCCGGCGGAACAUCUCCAUUGAGACUGAUGGCGUCAAUGAGAGCGACACAGAUGGACGCCGACUGUCUGGCGAGAUGAUCUCCAUGAAAGAUUUCUUAGCCUCCAACAAAGUGUCACUGGCCAUCAUGCAGAAACAGCUGUCAGAAACUGCCAAUGGCUACCCAAGGCAGUUGAACUCUAGUUCUAAACAUAAUGGAUUCUCUGGCGGGGUAGGAGCCCUAGCGAUCAUGAAUAACAGGCUGGCAGAGACAAGCGUGGAUAGGUAAAAAAAAUUAGAAGAUGGGAAAUGCAUCAACAAGUAUAGAAGUAACUAGGGA